GUUUAUCUGGUCCGGGGUGUCGUAGGUUCUGUGUGUAGCUCUGAGGGAAAAGAUGCCCGCGGGGAGAAACUUUCGGAGGCGCAAGGCCUCGUCGUCAGAUGAAGAAGUGGAAGACGAAGGGGUAACUCGGGAGGUUAGAAUGAAGCUGGAGGAAGCCAAAGAAGUGCAGAGUCUGAGAAAGAGGCAAAAUGGUGUAAGUGCUGCAGCCCUGCUGGUGGGUGAAAAAUUGCCAGAAGAGGUGAACAUGGCGGAUGAUCCUUUUAAGAUGCAAAAUGGUGGGAUGGUAGAUAUGAAGAAGCUAAAGGACCGUGGAAAAGACAGAAUUGGAGAAGAAGAGGACCUGAAUUUAGGAACUUCUUUCUCAGCAGAAACCAACAGAAGGGAUGAAGAUGCUGACAUGAUGAAGUACAUUGAGACAGAGCUAAAGAAGCGAAAAGGAAUUGUGGAAAAUGAGGAGAAGAAGGUGAAGCCGAAGAGUGCGGAGGACUGUCUCUAUGAGCUCCCUGAGAGCAUCAAAGUGUCAUCUGCCAAGAAGACAGAGGAGAUGUUGUCCAAUCAGAUGCUAAGUGGGAUCCCAGAAGUCGACUUGGGAAUAGAUGCCAAGAUCAAGAACAUAAUCUCCACAGAAGAGGCAAAGGCUCGGCUAUUAGCAGAGCAACAGAACAAGAAAAAAGACAAGCACACUUCUUUUGUGCCCACCAACAUGGCUGUCAACUAUGUGCAACACAAUCGAUUUUAUCAAGAGGACCAGAACACUCCCAUGAGGCGCCACAAGGAGGAGCCAAAACCACGCCCUCUCCGUGUGGGUGACACUGAAAAGCCAGAACCAGAAAAGUCACCCCCCAACCGCAAGAGGCCAUCCAAUGAGAAGGCCACAGAUGACUACCAUUAUGAAAAGUUCAAAAAGAUGAACAGACGUUACUAAGUCCAAGACAGAGGGCCAUGUUGCAGCAUCGGACAUACCCUCCUCCCCCGAGUCUAGGAUUUCCCUUGGUUUGAGAAAUAUAUAUAAUUCACUGUACAGUACAAGUGUUGUUUUAUCAGACAAAAAUGUGUAUUGCCAAUUUAUAUAAAAAUAAACACAAAUUCAUGUGUUGUU